CGCGCCCGCCACCAGGACAACGCCUUCACCCUCGCCAUGCGUCGCGCCGUCGCCCUCGUCCUCGUGGCCCUCGCGGCCCUCGUGGCCCAGGGCCACGCCAGCGUGCUCACCAGCCGUGCCAAAGCGGCGGAGGCCGACAGGCUAGCCGCUCAGAGGAGGAUGGCCGCUGCCGAACUUUUUGACCAAAGGGAGAAGUGGAUGCACCCCGAGGCGCCUCAUGACCAUGACGUGCUGCGGGACUCUGCCGACGACCACGGAUCCAACCCCAGGCCGCCAGGCCCAGUGGAAGAGCAAGACUCCGCGUUCUGGAUGAAGAAGGCCAAGCAGGCGAUCGAGGGCGACCUGCUGAAGCGCGCCGAGAUCAAGGGCGUGGCCAAGAACGUCAUCAUCUUCAUGGGCGACGGCAUGUCCGUGCCCACGCUAGCCGCCACCAGAAUGUACCUCGGCAACGAGAACGAGCAGCUCAGCUUCGAGAAGUUCCCCGUGGUCGGCCUGUCCAAGACCUACUGCGUGGACACCCAGACGGCGGACUCGGCCUGCAGCGCCACGGCCUACCUGUGCGGCGUCAAGGCCAACAUGGGCACCAUGGGCGUGAGCGCCAAAGUGCCGAGGCACAACUGUACCGAGCAGAAGGACUCCGCCAACCACGUAGACUCGGUGCUGGCGUGGGGAAUGGAGGCGGGCAAGUGGGCCGGCGUGGUGACCACGACACGCAUCACGCACGCCUCGCCCGGCGGCACCUACGCGCACACCGCCAACCGCGACUGGGAGGACGACAAGGACAUGACCGACGACAAGGACCUCGUCGGCGAGGGCUGCAAGGACAUCGCCCGCCAGCUGGUGGAGGACGCGCCCGGCAAGGACUUCAGGGUCAUCAUGGGUGGCGGGCGCCGCGCCUUCAUCCCCAAGGAGCAGCACGCCAAUGGGAAGCGGCAGGACGGCAAGAACCUGGUGGACGCGUGGAAGGCCAGCAAGAGCGGCGCCCAGAGCAGCUACGUCGCCACCAAGACCGAGCUGGCGGCCGUGGACGCGUCCAAGACCGACUACCUGCUGGGCCUGUUCGAGUGGAGCCACGUCCAGUACCACCUGGAUGCGGACGAGACCCAGCCCACCCUGGCCGAGAUGGUGGAGAAGGCCAUCCAGGUCCUGAGCAGGCAGGAGAAGGGCUACGUCCUGUUCGUGGAGGGCGGCCGCAUCGACCACGGCCACCACGACACCAUGGCGCACUAUGCCCUCGACGAGACCGCCGAGUUCUCCAAGGCCAUUCAGAAGGCCGUCGACAUGACGAGCGCCUCGGAGACCCUGAUCGCGGUCACGUCGGACCACGCGCACACCAUGAGCAUGGCCGGGUACGCCAAGCGCAGCAACUACAUCUUCGACUUCGGCGGCGUGGAGGAGACGUCCAAGGAGGUGUACACCACGCUGAGCUACGCCAACGGCCCGGGCUACAAGCCCACGGAGGAGGACGGCACGCGCCACGACCCCAGCAAGGACGACCGCAACAAGAACGACUACGAGUUCCCCGCCACGGCGUACCUCAACAGCGAGACCCACGGCGCCGACGACGUGGGCAUCUUCGCGCGCGGCCCCUGGGCGCACCUGUACACCGGCGUGCACGAGCAGAACAUGAUCCCCAACAUCGCGGCGUACGCCGCCGCCAUCGGGCCCUUCAAGGGCAGGAGCGACAGCGGCGACAACAGUGGCGCGGUCUCCGUCCAGGUGGCCCUGCUGACGCUGCUCUCCGCCGCGGCGCUGCCCCUGGCCCGCCUGCUGUAGGCCGCCAAGGCCCUCCCAGAGGCGAACGCACACUCCUCGCUGGGUUCACAUUAAACGCGUACAAAAAAGAGA